UAAACAUCACUUCAUUGAGUUCGCCACGCUUGGCUGGGGGAGCCCCUCUCAACGGCCAUUCUACCGUUGCGCUUUCCACUGCCGAAGCUCCCGCACAUGCAUUGAAUCGUUAGCGUCGCGAGAUGACCAACCGAUCUGCCGCUUUGCAUUGAUCUUUCAGCCGGUUUUCUAACUAUUCGCAUUUCAGUCGCUCACUGUGAUUGUCGUGUGUUGUUCAUAACCAAUAUUUCAAGCUUGUUGUAUUUUUUGAGUUCGCGUGAGUGCACCGAGUUUCGUUGACUGCGCGUUAUUAACAGAUGAAUUAAGCAAAUUAAAUUGUACAUAAAAAUUAAAAUUUUGUAAUUAAAAAUAAUUUGUAUUGUUUUUCACGAACAGUGUAGUUGUACGCGCCGAUCGAUUCAGUAUUCGAACGAAUUGAGGAAGUGAUCGCUUUGAAAGCAACGAAAACUAGAAGCAACAAAAUUAUCAAAAUACAAAAGUGAUCUGCAUUAGUUGGUUAAAAAAAAACUAAAAAACUGAAACUAAACCAUAAACAGCAACAACAAAUACAAAUAGCAAAGAUGGCAAAGUACGCCAAACUGGAUCAUAAAUAUCUUCUGAAACUAAUCACAGUUUUAACUGUUCUAGUGCAAGGAACGCUCGGUCAAUCGUUUUUGCUCAGUUUGGGACAAAAUCAGCGAAACUUCUUUUCGGAAGGCAAUUCACAUGAAACGUUUUUGAAUCAACCUCUUAACGAACGUCUAAAUUAUACGGAUACAGUGCCGAACAUACAUUUGGAGACGCGUGGAGAGUUUGAUGAUAACAACACCACGAUAAUUGUUAUAAAGAGUAUACACGAACAAUCCAACGAAUUGUCACAGACUGCAAUGGACAUCAUAACCAUAGUUUGGUAUGUGGCCACAUUUCUGGCGCUGGCGGCAUUCUUCCUGCUCAUGGCCUGCUCGGAUAGACGCUGCACAGAGACCCGAGGCAGCGUGCUGCGCAACGAAACGCCAAUUGCACCGCCCACACCCUCGCCCUCGUACAGCGAAUUCGCACCGCCCAGCUACGAUUCAGUGAUCAAAAUGCAGCACGACGCCAAAACCAGCGUCUUCGUUAUACCUUUCGCGCCCAUGGAUCCAUCAGCGAACAAAGAUGUGAGCAAUAACAGUAAUGGUGGCGGUGUGCACACACCGCAGACACCAACCACGCCAGCAAUCAAUUUCUACACAGUGAAUGAGUUGGAGAAAUUCAGCUGUUAGUUGGGCAGCUGGGCUAACGGUCGCCAAUGAGUGCGCAUGUGUUUAUACAUUUAAUCGAUUUAAAUGUGACAGUAUGUGUCAGCAUGAAUCACACCCGGCGCGCUUAACGUAAAGCGUAUUCUAAUACGUCAUAGUCGAUUUGCGCAAGUGAUAGCUCUAACUCGUAACUACCAUGUUUAACUGUAUAAUUGUGUAUAUGGAGAACACAUUUAUAUAUAUGUAUGUAUAUAUUUACACCGUAAAACGAAUCAAAUUUUCUCAAAAGAACUGUGAUAUUAGUUAAAGUCGCUUCUAAUUGCAUUUGUUGAAUACAUAUUUAAGCAAGCUCUGUUAUUAUUAUG